CAUGCUUCUUGGAUUUACUGCAGAUCUCAUUCAAGUGGCUUUUCUCACCUGCUCGUAUGAGUUGGCGAUAAGAAACGUGACCUCCCCAUGGUGUUCGCUCUUCAAUGAAGAAGAUGCCAAGGUACUGGAAUAUCUGAAUGACCUGAAGCAGUACUGGAAGAGAGGAUACGGCUACGAAAUCAAUAGUCGCUCCAGCUGCAAUUUAUUCCAAGAUAUUUUCCAGCAGUUGGACAAAGCGGUGGAAGAGAGCAAAAGUUCAAAGCCCAUUUCUUCACCUGUGAUUGUACAAAUUGGACAUGCAGAGACACUUCAGCCACUGCUUGCUCUUAUGGGCUUCUUCAAAGAUGAUGAGCCUCUCAGGGCAAACAAUUACGUGAGACAAAUGCAUCGGAAAUUUCGCAGUGGCCGGAUUGUGCCUUAUGCAGCAAACCUGGUAUUUGUACUUUAUCACUGUGAUCAAGUGAAAACCUCUAAAGAAGAGUAUCAAGUGCAGAUGCUGCUGAAUGAAAAGUUGAUGCCGUUUCAUCACUCAAAUGAAACCAUCUCUAUUUAUGCAGACCUCAAGGACUAUUAUAAGGACAUCCUUCAAAACUGCCAUUUCAAAGAAGAAUGUGAAUUACCAAAAAGUAAUAGUACUGCUACUGAUGAACUUUGAGGAAAUGAAACAGAGUGGAUUUUGUGCAAAUAGAUUUCAUUUCUGUUCAACAGAUGUUGUGGACAAGCACUUUUGAUUUGCUACUGCUGCAUUGACUUUCUAAACUUGCAAAUUUGAUUGUCGUGACUUAUCUGGUUGUCUCUGUUAGCAAAGCGCGCUGUUUGCAUGUUACAUAAGCAGAAUUACAAAAACAAAUGCUUUAAUGGGGAUGUUGCUGAGCCUUUGAAACAAAUGCGUGCCGCAAGAUAAAGCAUACCUGUACGUUUA